CAAGGUCCUGGAGAGAAGAUGGUCAUACAUUUACAGGAUGCUCCAGAUACACUUGCAGAUAAAUUAGAAGAAAGUGAACUUACAAUUUUCGUAAAUUCUGCUCCGAUGAAAGCUUCAGAUUUAGUUGAGGAAGUUAAUUCUGAAUCGACGGAAUCUAAAAACAUAGAUGAGAAUAUUCGUGGCCGUCGUAAGGUUAGGUUUGCAGAUGAUGUUAAAAAAUAUGAUGGUGGCGAACAAGAUGAAAUGGAAGACACGGAUUCAGAUGAUAAUGAAAAUCCCGAAUUUGAAGAUGGUAACGAUGAAGAUAUCUACUACGAUGAUGAUGACUAUGAUGAGGAGGAUGAUGACGACUACGAAGAGGAAGAGGAGGACUACGAAAGGGAGGAUGAUAACGACGAUGAGGAGAAGGAUGAUAACGAUUACGAGGAUGACGAAGAAGAUGAUGACGAAGGGGAUGAGUGGGAAAAAGUUGCUAGUAGAAGCUUUGCUUUCAAUAAAUCUAAGAUGAAGAAUCCAGAAAGAGAUAUUAACGACGAGGAGAUUGCAUAUGCCGAAAGCGAGAGCGAUAUGGAAGAUAUUCUAUGUCAAGACGAAGAUGAUGACCCAGAUCUUGAUGGGACAUUAAAAUGGAAAUCAAAUUUGACCGAAAAAGCAAAAAAGCUGUUUUACACUAAUCGUCGAAUUAAUAUUAUGCAAUUGAUCUAUAGUAACGAUAAAACGCCAGAAGAAAUUGCAUCAGGAGAAUUUUCUGAAUUAUUAAAAGUUGAAGCAGCCUCCAAUGAGAAAGACAAUGUAGAAGAGGAGAAAGAUGAUGAGGAAUUUUUCAAGAUUAUAAAGUCUCAAGAGAAAGAUUCUGAUUCUGUGAAUACUCUUGAUUCCACCAAAGCAUAUUUAGAUACAAGUAAUCUCGAUAGAUGGGACGACGAAGUAACUUUAGAAUCUAUUAGAAAUAGGUUCAUUACAGGCAGUCUCGAUGAUGAUUCUUCUGCGGGAGAAAAUAACAGUUCAGAUAAUGAAGUUCAUGGAGAAUAUGAGGAUCUUGAAACUGGUGAAGUGAUCAAAGUUGAAGGAUCCAAAAAAUCCGAAAAUGAAAUUGAGCAAGAAGCUCUUGCGCAAAAAAGAGCUUUGUUUAAAAAAAAAUUUGAUGCGGAAUAUGAUGAAAAAGAUGGUUCUCCUAAGGUAGACUUUUAUGAUGAGAUCAAAGAGAGAAUUGCUAAGCAAUUACAACUUAAUCGUGAAGAGUUUGAAGACGAUGAUUCUCAUACAAGAGCUAUGGUUGAAGGAUUUCGACCUGGUACUUAUACACUUAGUUCUUUGGCUUUGGUAUUCGCUCUACAUCAUUUCAAACCUACACCAUUAUAUGUUAUGGAUGAGAUUGAUGCGGCCUGGAUUUUCGCAUUGUGUCAAUCUUCUUUACGUAAUAACAUGUUUGAAUUAGCGGAUCGUUUAGUAGGAAUUUAUAAAAUUCAUGAUCAGACAAAAUCCGUUACUAUUGAUUCGCAUGAAAUUGAUAAAGAAUUUGGAAAAUAA